AUGACGGAGCCGAACGGGGCUGGCGGUAGCGGUGCGGUGGUGCGUCCCGCCUUCUGCACACUGGGCAAUCCGGUCGACGCCUCCACCAACCUGUUCAGCCUCAAGGUGGACGAGUCGGUCAAGAUCCAGGUGUACGCCGUCAACAUCACGCCGCCCAUCACCAAUGUCAGCGAGGUGCGCAAGGUCAUCUACAACGCCCAGGAACCGGUACUGUGACACACACACGCACACACAAAGAGGGAUGAUGGGAUGAAUGGAGGGGUGUGAUGGUCAUGGAUGGUGUGGUGUGGUGUGGUGUGUGCAGAUUCUGAACGCGUUGGUUGCUGAUGGUGCGAAGGUCGGGGCCAUCCUGCAUCAGGGCAUGAACCUCUUCGUGACCUUGCCGCACAGCCUGACGCCCAACCAGACCGUGUCGGUCGACUCAACCAUCCAGGGCAACUCGCAGACGGUAAGUGACACACUCACACAGACAGACGGGAGGGGAGGGUGGGGAUGGAUGGAUGGGCCCAUCCGGCCAUGUCAUUGGUGUGUGGUGUGGUGUGGUGUGGCGUGGUGUGGUGUGGUGUGGUGUGGUGUGCAGUUUUCGAUUCAGUUGGCGUUCAAGCACGACCUGGUGCUGCGCGGUGGCGAUCUCGAGCAGGAGGCCAUCCAGUACAUGAAC